UACAGUUAAUUCAAUGUUGUUUGUUUGUUCAAAAUUUUAAGAGAAUGGGAAAAGAACAAUUUGAACCGUCAUUUAGUUCGUCGAAAACUGAAAGUAGUGACAGGAAAAGAACUCUUAAGAGAUCUACUUCUGAUGCGAUAUUUCUUUUUGAGAAGCGGCCGAAAAUUCUUCCAAUUGGAGACGAAUGCGACCCUUUUUCCUAUCUUAAAGCUGCUGAGUAUUAUUACAAUAAAAAAGAUUUGGUACAAUCAUCCCGUGAAUUGUGGAAGGCUGCCUCGUAUGCUGUAAAAAUUUUGUUUCUCAAAAUAAAUGUUAACAUUACAUCUAUGAAUGGUCUCGAAGAUUUGUGUUAUUAUGCGAUAGAUAAAUCCACAGUUUAUGAUCAACCUGGCAUUGAAGGUUCUAUGGCAAGGCAAUUAGCAAAAGAUCAGUUUUCGGCAGCAAUGACGUCAGUUAUAAUUUUUGCUAACAAAAAUUUUUUCUUGUCAAUUUUAAAUGCAAAAUGCUUUUAA